AAAAACCACAAACUUUAUCAUUUGAAUAUAACAUUGAACAUUUUGGUGUAAUUUUUGGAGAAAAUUUUGAAAAUGAAUUAUUUUAUUAUCUAAAAAAAUAUAAAUUACAUUUGAAGAAAUUCACAUUUUAUCAAUUUACCAGUGGAAAAUUAUUACACAGUUCUAUAUAUAAACAAAAUGAAAAAUUAUCUCUUCGAUUUGGUAAAAUACAAAUAAUGUAUGAUGAUAAUCUUAAAAUCAUGAAAAAUAGAACUAUUGAAAAUAUAGAUUUUUAUAGAUUGGGAAAUUUUCAUAUUAUUGGCGAUGAUGAUAUUUUAAAAUUUGAUAAAAAACUAUCAGAAUAUAAAGUACCUGUUUUUGGAAUGUUUAUUGUUAAUGAAUUUGUUAAUCUUCCUUAUAGUAAAAUCAAACAAUUAAAUUUAAAAAACCAAAUACAGAUAUUACAAUAUUCAAGUGCUUUAAUCGAUGAUAUUAAUGAAUUAGGAAAUACUUUUUUAAAAAAAGAUCAUAGAUUUAACAAUAUAAAAAUCAAAAAGAAUUUUUAUGAAGAAUUAAAAAUAAGUUCAGUUUAUUGGUAUUUUGAAA